CUGUAUAUAUAAGAGAAUCAGCAUUCAAGUGUCCAUCCUUACUGGGAUAAACCUGUGACUUUAGGUUCAAGCCUUUUUACUGAAGAACUAAAUACUUAUAUAGCUCGAUCACAAUGCCUGGUUCUCUCCCUGCGAGCUAUUCAACCACUUGGCCCAAAGAUGUUGGCAUCAUUGCUAUGGAGGUAUACAUUCCCUCCCAGUAUGUAGACCAGGCAGAACUGGAGGAGUUUGAUGGAGUAGGAGCAGGGAAGUACACCAUCGGUCUCGGGCAAGCGCGGAUGGGUUUCUGCUCGGACCGAGAGGACAUUAACUCGCUGUGUCUGACUGUGGUGCAGCGUCUUAUAGAGAGAAAUGGCUUGUCGUAUGAGAGCGUGGGAAGACUUGAGGUGGGCACGGAGACCAUCAUCGACAAAUCAAAGUCGGUGAAGACAGUACUAAUGCAGUUGUUUGAGGAAUCAGGGAAUACAGACGUGGAGGGAAUCGACACGACUAACGCAUGCUAUGGUGGCACUGCUGCUCUUUUCAAUGCUGUUAACUGGGUGGAGUCCAGCUCCUGGGACGGUCGCUACGCUCUGGUUGUGACUGGAGAUAUUGCGGUUUAUGCCACAGGCAGUGCCAGGCCUACAGGAGGCGCUGGAGCAGUAGCCAUGUUAAUAGGGCCUAAUGCACCUCUGGCAUUUGAUAGAGGUUUACGAGGGACCCAUAUGCAACAUGCAUAUGAUUUUUAUAAGCCUGACAUGGUGUCUGAGUAUCCUGUAGUGGAUGGCAAGCUCUCCAUCCAGUGCUACCUCAGUGCAUUGGACAGAUGUUACUCUGUCUACCGUAAUAAAAUUCAAGCCCAAUGGCAAAGAGAGUGUGUGGAGAGACGAUUCAGUCUGAAUGACUUCGGCUACAUGGUCUUCCACUCUCCCUACUGUAAAUUGGUUCAGAAGUCUCUGGCUCGACUCCUGCUGAACGACUUCCUGGCCCAUCCCAACCCCAACAUGGAGAGUGGGCCGUUCAGCGGUCUUGAAGCCUUCAGGGAUGUGAAGGCUGAGGACACGUAUUUUGACCGUGAUGUGGAAAAGGCCUUCAUGAAAGCCAGUGCAGAGAUGUUUGAGCAGAAAACAAAGGCCUCCUUGCUUAUAUCCAACCAGAAUGGCAACAUGUACACACCAUCUGUGUAUGGCUGUCUGGCUUCUAUUCUGGCACAAUUUACACCUCAGCAGCUUGCGGGUCAGAGAAUUGGCUUGUUCUCAUAUGGAUCAGGUCUUGCUGCAACACUCUAUUCAAUCAGAGUGACACAAGACGCAACACCUGGCUCUUCGCUAGAUAAACUGGUUUCCAGUCUUUCAGAUAUUCAGGCCCGACUGGACUCGAGGAAGAAGGUUCCACCUGCCGUCUUUGCAGACAACAUGAAGCUUAGAGAGGAGACUCAUCAUUUGGCAAACUACAUCCCUCAGAGUACGGUGGACGACUUGUUCCCAGGAACAUGGUAUCUAACGCGCGUGGAUGAGAAACACCGCAGGUAUUAUGCCAGACGUUGCCUGGAUGAACAUCGACAUCUUGAGGCAGGACUUCUAAAUUCUGUUACCGCAUCUGAGCACAUCCCCAGCCCUGUGAAGAAGAUGCCUCGCAUCCCAGCCACCACUGCUGCCUCUGAGACAGUCAGCAUUACCAAUGGGGAGCAUUGACAUUAACCUCAGUGAGGUUGCUCAUACUUUAGGUGACAAUAUGGACACGUGAUCUAAAAAAUAAAAAGAGGUAGAGACUGAGCUUUCUGUCUUAGUCUUGAGACAUUUAUGAACAAGCAUGAAUUUUUAACUGUUCCUGGUUAAGCCUGGUUAUUCUGUCACAGUUUAAGCUGAUCGUUUGUAAGUUGGUGGGAUAAGAGACGGGUGGGGUAAGAAAAUGGGGACAUAAGGAGCACAAUGUGGCAAUGUCAUCUAUGCACAGACAACGGGGAAUGUUUUCAAAUAAUCCUUAGUCUCAUUUCACAUCUGUUUUUUUAUUUUUUAUUAUUUUUUAUUUGGGGUAAAUAAGAAAAAAUAAGUUAGCGGGGACAAUGAUAAGAAUCUAAGGCCAAUCUUGUGUAAGAGGGAGUAAAGGUUUGGUAAGUGGCUUUUUAUUUUUACCGCAUGCUGUUUUUCAUUUAGCCAUGUUGCUGCUUUUUUUUACCCUCACAUUUCUCACCUUUUUUUAAAUCUGGAUGCGCAUGUAGAUGUUUUGUUGAGUAAUUGUUUAAUUAGUCCAUAAGCGUAGUCCAUUGCGAGUACUGAGUCAACUCUAAGUUCGAAACUGUCCACAAUUCUAGUCUUUUGCCACCUGUUAUCUCGAGAUUAACUUAUCCCUUAUUAAAUGAUUGCUACCAGCCUGGUAAGCUGCGUUCUGUCACCACAUCUUAUUAUGUGGGAAGUUAAAGGUGCAUGUAAAAUCAGUCUAUCCCAAUAAUAGCAUGUCCUGUUGCAUCUGUUGAUGCAUGUGGAACUGUUGGUCCAGCAUUGUAUCCAGUUACACUUUAUAUACUUCAUAUCUUACUACUACAUUUGAGAGCUACCUUUAAUGAGUUUAGAUUUUAGGUGGUGUGUUCUCAAUUAUAGUCACAGUCAAUCUUGCAUUAUGGUAUUGUGUGACAGCAAGCCGAAAAGAAAUUAGGCUGUAAGUCAAUUGCUCUAAUAAGGGUGGCUUUAAGUGUAAUGAGGAAGCACUUGUGUCAAAUGAACUGAGGAUAAAUGUGGUUCAAAAUGAGGGUAAAGUAUUUUAUUGAUUAUAGUAUAACAGAAAUAAUAUAAGUUGUUUAACAGACAUGACCGUACUAUUUAUUUUAAAAAAAAAUGAAGACAACUUAAAGCAGGAAAGCAUUAAGGGAAAGGUGUUGGCUUUCUUGAUAAAAUAUGUCUUUGUUCAGUCUGCUCUUGAGCCCCUUGUAUUUGGUCAUGCCAAACGAAAUUGGCAUGACCAAACAAAAUAAUUUCCAACUAGAUUUGACCAUGCACUAGGACAUAUGACAGUUCCAAUACAAGUAAAUAACACUGACCUUUUGAGCAAGAGUUCCAUCUGUCAAUGACCUGGAAUUUAAGUCAAACAGCACUAUAUAAAACAGAAUAAAGGGUUAUUAGUGCACCCUGGUACCCUAGUGUGUCAUUUAUUGUCUUUUAAAGCAGCAUCUCAUUAUGCUUUUCACUGUACAAUGUUAAAAAAAAAACAUUAUCAGCUUGGUUCUUAUUUGUAUAUUUUUAGAUAGUCACCAAGCUUCCACAGAGUUAUCAGUUAGACCCUUGCUUACUAAACAGACCUGUAAUUUCUUUUCAUUUAUAAACACCUUAAUCUGUUCAGUAAUAAUAAAUAUAAAACAAAUUCCAAUCCUUCAGAAUCAGACAUUUUGCAUUUCAUUUCAUUCAGAUUUUUUUUAUUUAAUUUUUUUAUCUAAAUAAUGUAAUUUACAACACACACUUAAAAGAGUACUAAAUCAUCCCUUUGCUGUUGUGGUGGAACCCUUUAUAUUUUGUACCUUUAACAUAUAUUUUUUACCUGAAAAUUGUACCUUUUUAAAAAGUUUUUUUUUUCCCUGUAAGAAACAAUAAUAAUAAGUUAUAUAAUGUAAACUUGGUAGUAAAACAUUAAAGGUACAUUAUAUACUGUUAUGUAAAUGAUAUAUAGAAAAAGUACAAAAGGUGUGAUGCUUAAAGGGUCCACAGUAACACUAAGGAUUGGUGCAAUGUAGUACCCUCUUCUGACAGUGUAUGUCUACAUAUAUAUUUAUAUAUAUAUUACAGCCAGAACAAAUUGCCUGAUACGGUUUCACUUGAAACGGCUAAUGUUUACAAGAAAUUUUUUUGUGAUCAGUUACCUCUACUAGCCGUACAAUUAUUUGUAUAUUUGUAAAUGCAAAUAAAUCAUCUGGAAUAAUUUCAAAGAAAACAAGCUGUAUAAAAAAAUAUGUAAUCUAUGUAAGUAUGUACGAAAUGAAAAUAAAUAUCUCUUGAUUUA